AUGCUCAGGAAUUGGUUCGAGACUAUGAGAAUGAGCAUGCCGGCGUCCGUGGGAUCGAGGAAGCACCUUCCAGAAGCAUCGAGGAAGCACCGAAUUCCACGCCGCAGGAAACGACGACUCGACUCCUGGAAGAAGCUUCGGCACCUCCCAGAAGCAUCGAGGAAGCACCGCAUGACACGCCGCAAACGACGACUCGACUCCUGGGAGAAACUUCGGGAUCUCGUUCAGGACGUCGGAUCUUCGCGACGGGAAAGUUAUUUCUUCAAGUUCUCGCCUAUCACCGGAAGAAGCUUCGGGAUCUCGUUCAGGAACGGAACAGACGUUGGUAAGGGUGGAAAUUCCGGUGAGGAAGCCAGAGUCAACGUCGGGAGGAAUGGUAUUACGCGGGAGUAG